UUUUAUGAGCGAAAAACACCCAGUCAACUCGUCGGUCACUUUUGCUAAGGUUGUUUCUGGUGGUAAUAUUCCUAAUGAAGACCAACAACCUUUAUUGGGAAAGGAAGCAAAUAAUUCGUCAGAAUCAACUACGGAAAAUGAAGUCAAAUCACCAGAUGAUUGGCCUUCUCUAAAUGUUGUUGCACAACAGAAAUGUGAAGAAAAUAAACCGAGCAAUAAGUCAACUGUCAAAAAAGCCGUAAAUAAUUUUAAGGACAAAACACAGGAGACGACCGGCGAGGAGACGGUGAACAAAGCUGAAGAAGUUUCUGCACUUUCACCAUCAGCAACAAUUAAUAGUCCGGCUGGAGGAAGCAAAAAAGUGUCUAAAAAUAGUUGGAAAAAAUUGGAUAUAGAAGUAGAUUAUAAUACAGCUCGUGAAGUUUUAACUAAAAGGCGUGAAAUGAGAAGGGAAUUUGAAAGACGUGAAAGACCUCAACGAAGGAAUACAGUUUGUGGACGUGAUUUGAAAGAAGGAAGAGGAGGAGGAAGUGGUGGUGGAGGAGGAGGAGGAAAUUUUGUUGGGGGUGGUGGUGGAAGUGGAAGAGAUGGAAGGGGAGGAGGAGAUGUUGGGAGAGAAAAUAAUAAUAAUUGCUCUGAAUCUGUUCGAACAACAACAAAUUUUGGUUUUAGACAAAAUAAUAGAGCUUUUAAAGACAACAAAUUUAAUAAUAAUAAUUAUAAUAAUAAUCAUCAUCGUCGACAAAUAUCUAAAGAAGGCAAUGAAAAUGUUGUUGUUGUUGAGGGAGGUGGAGGAGGAGGAAAAAAUGAAGAAAAGAAUAAUAGAGAAGAUGUUCAGAAAAGUCCGCCAACGAAUAAUGCUGCUCAAAAUAACAAUAACAAUGAGCAAUCUCAGGAUCAGUCUUAUUGGUAUUUUGAUGAUAUUUCAAAUGGAUAUUACUACCAACAUUCUGGAUCACAGGGUUGGAAGAAAAACUCCAAAGACAAAAGACAACAAUCGAAUAAUAAUACUUAUAGACCACAACGACAAUUUUCGCCUAAUCAUGGAAGAUAUUCGUCGAAUAGGCAAAAAUUUUUUAAAAAUUCCGCGUCAACACAGACCGAGCAGACAAAUAAUGUGGCUGGAAUGAAUAAUUCGCAAGGAGGAGGACAUCGUUCUGUUGGUGGAUAUCAAUCAAAAUCUCAUCAUCAUCAUCAUGGUGGCGGUGGAGGGGGGCCUCGUCAUGUUGGCCCAAAUAAUGCUUAUAAAUAUAACAAUAAUAAUAAACGAAUGGAUGAACAGCUUUUCUCAAAUUCGUAUUUUUGCUCAAACAAUAAUAAUUGUAUUAAUCAUCAUUGGACAACUUCAUCUCUUCAGCAAUUGAAUAUUUCGGGUAUCUCACCGACCGUUGUUUCAGCCACUGCUGUGCCUUCUGCGCCUUCUACUUCGCUUCUUUCACCUAAUGGACUCAUCCCAUUUCCUCUUGUUGUUGCUAAUACUCUUCAAACUGCUGCUGUGGUUGUUGCUACAACGGAUCAAGUGCCUACAACAGCUACUACACAAUUUACUCCGACAAUUAUUGCAACACAAUUUCCUCAAAAUACAAUUUUUAUGGCGCCAAUAACAACGCCUUAUGUGCCAGCAUUAGAAGAAUUUAAACUUGGAGAGCUUGUACGCGGACAAAUUGAAUAUUAUUUCUCAGCUGAUAAUCUACAAAAAGACUUUUUUUUACGAAGAAAGAUGGAUGCUGAAGGCUUUUUGCCACUUAGUCUAAUUGCUAGUUUUCCGCGUAUUCGUUCACUCACUGAUGAUGUGUCAUUUAUUUUGAGCUGUCUUCGUGGAAGUGAAGGGAUUGAAUUUAGUGCUGAUGAGCUUAAAAUUCGUCCUCGUGUUAAUCCACUUUAUUGGCCUCUACACGAAUCUAGUCCCCAAUCUGGAACGGAAACACCACUGCCGGCAGCAAUAAGUGACGAUGACGGAAAUAAAUGA